AGCAAAUUUUUUUUCUCUCCUUGAUGUGGUUCUCGUUCUCAAUCUUUGACCUGAUGAAGUAACAAAUAAGGUGGAUUUGAGAUAAACGAUGUCUUAAUGAGUAGGUCAAUUAGUGGAAACAAAGUGAAGUGUCAAGGAGAACAGCGUUGCUUUGCGUUAGACAUGUCAUUCUCCCAAAGAUCAUUUAAUUUUGCAACACACUCAUAUAAGUGGAUCCUAUAUAAAAGUCCUUUCGUUCGGACAGAUUAUUAUUAUUUUUUAAAUAACAAUGUUCUUCGAUGAGAUUGAUUAACUAAUCACUUAUUUGGAAGUAAUCAACUUAUGUGAUAUUAGUGUUCAAAUUACGUUAUCAUGGCAUCAGAGUCAGGUUAAUGCACCUAUAAAUGUCUCACACAAGUACUCCACUUCACCCAAUUUCACCCAAUUGAUUAACUAAUCACUUGAAAAUUUCCCACACUACUUGUAUGAAGUGUUGUUUCACAUUGGAAAAUUGGGACAUUUGUAAUAGAAUCCACUUGGCAAAGCUUAUAUAAGACCAAAACAAAAACGAAAAACCCCAAAACUACGUUCAUCGCCAAUCGCUGCUUUGACUCACUAAGAUUUUGGUGGUCAUGUUUCUUCGGCGAAUGGCGGUUUCGUUUUCUCACUCGAGAAGGUUUCUUAGUAGCAGUAGCAGUAACAGCAGCAUUGAUAUUGCGAAAGCGAUUGAUGAGCUGAACAAGGAAAUGGAAUCCGUAUUUGGUGAACCUCCAGCAGAUAGUGGGCUUGCCAGUUCUGCAAGAAAUGAUGUUACAGCUCAAGAACCUGAGUUAGCAUCUCGAGAAAAACGGGAAGAUACGCAUGGCCUAACCCACAUUGGCAGUACAGGGGAGGCUCAAAUGGUGGAUGUUUCUCCCAAACAAAGUACCAAGAGAACUGCCGUUUCUAGUGGCAAGGUACUUCUUGGCAAGCAAGUGUUUGAUUUGGUCUUAGCCAACCAGAUGGCCAAGGGAGAUGUCCUUAGUGUGGCCAAGAUUGCUGGAAUAAAUGGAGCAAAGCACACAAGCAGUCUCAUCCCGCUAUGCCACAACAUACCACUGACCCAUGUCCGCGUUGAUCUGACUCUAAAUCCCAAGGAUUUCAGUGUGGACAUCGAAGCAGAAGCAAGUUCAACCGGGAAAACUGGGGUCGAAAUGGAAGCAAUGACUGCUGUGAGUGUUGCUGGCCUAACAGUCUAUGAUAUGUGCAAAGCUGCUUCGAAGUCUAUACAUAUCACUGAUAUAAGACUUGAGAGUAAAGCUGGUGGGAAGAGUGGAGACUGGUCCAGGGAGGAGUAAGUAAUGGUGUUCAAUAUAGUGCAAGAUUCUCUCAUUGUCUGCUGGUUAAGUGCUGUAGUGCCAAACUGCCGAUUUUCAAAUCACAUUGUAAUGAUGAAAUGGAAGAUGAUCGGAUAUGUCAUUUCAAAAAGUUGUUACCUACUAAUAUGAUCCUAAAUGGCUUCUGUUAUUCUUCUUUAUUUGUUUUGUGGGUGGUGAGUAACCAAACCCUCCUCGCAAUAUCCUACUUCAUAAACAUCCUAUCAAAUAUUGAGUGAACUGAUUAAAACUAGUAGCAUAUUUGAGUCAACUUGGGUAUUAGAAAGCUCAAAGCUGAUCUCAUUGA